CAGCGAUUCUUCCUCGUCGCGGUCGUGCACCGAGGUGCUUUCCCAGCCGAUUUCCGGAGAGACCACCUCGCGGUACCAACGCGUCGUAGCAGGGGUACGUGCGUGCGAGAGGAGAACGGCCUCGUGGCACGCCUCGUGGUCACCUCGGCGAGCGCGCCGACUAUCGCGUCACGGUACCUCGGCGGAUACGAUGAGACUCUUCUCGGGGAACGAGGAAAAUGUGACGUGAGAGACUGGCCUUCGGCGGGUCCUUCGGCGAGAGUGCGACACGCUCGGCGACGCAGUCAGUACGCGCGGGCGCGGGUCAUCCUGCAAAAAUGACCGUCGCGGUGAGGAGGCUGCUGCCGACGGCGGCGAUGUGCUGCUGGCUCCUGGUGGCGCUCGGUAUCGGCCAGGUCGCCGGACAAUUAUUGGACACGGAGUUUCAGCCGACGGUAACGGCGACGUGCAAGGGCGGCUACAUGACAAUUCGCGUUAAUCUCAAUCAGAGUUUCGUAGGCGCGGUCCAUGCGCGGGACCAUCGAACCCCACAGUGCAUGGUGUCGGGUAAUGGCACCACGCACGCUACCCUGGGCAUCAAUCUGUUCGCGUCGCAGGACAGUCCGGAGUAUUGCGGAGUCCUCGUGAACAACCAUACCGAAGAACGUUCCAUUCCUAUUGCUGUUAGGAUACACAAAACGCUGGAACUAGCAGACGAUAAGUUUUAUGUCAUUACGUGCGGAAAGGCGGGCUUUAAAAAUGCCAAAAAUGAGACUUCGCUGGUUUCCCUUCGCCUUUUGGACGAAGGCGUGAGAGUACAAGAAGCUAUAUACGGUCACAACUAUACUCUGCGUGCCGAGAUUUCACGCCCAGACGGAAUGUACGGGAUUCGAGUCAAGAACUGUUUCGCGUUCAACAAGCUCAACUCCAGCGUGCAGCUCAUAGACGACAAAGGCUGCCCCGUGAAAGUGCGAAUGACGAAAUUCAUAUACGAUCGAAGCGUCGGUAUAGCGGAUGCCACAUUGUUUUCCAUGUUCCGGUUUGCUGACAGUUCAGAGGUGCAUUUCCAAUGCGACAUCGCCGUGUGCAGAGGAAGCUGCGGUAUUCCCAUAUGCGAAGGAGACAAGGAAGAGUUAAUAAAGGGUGGCUCCUCUACUAACGGACAAAGUGUUAGUAGUGAAGAAGGAGUGCUACUUGCCGGAACGAGCGUUUUUGUUCUCCAACCAGGCGAAAAACGAGCAGUUGUACAAACAUUGUACGAUGACGGCAGCGUGCACCCGCUGUGGCUCCUAUGGUUGGCGGUGGCACUCGGGAUAUUAUUCCUCAUCAUGCUCAUUAUCAACAUAUUCCUGUGUUCGGCGAUGACCUGUAGCUGCACCCGGACCGACAUUAUCGAGAAGGAGCCGUCAAUCAUUGAGGAUUACGAUCCAUACCGCAGCUGGCACGGCUCUCAAUACGGGUCGAGGUAUUCGCUAAACGGCAAGCAAGGAUACGCCUCCGGGGGAUCCACCAUGAACUCUACGAGGUCGAUAUCGACGAAUAGCGAUCACUACGCAAUAGUGCACUCCCGACCAGGAAGUAGAUACUCCGGUCCCGGACAGAAGCAUCAUCAUCAUCACAGAGGACCGCCGUCCAACAUCGGUUCACACUACUCCGGGAAGUGAUGUUCCCGUUAGCUUCAUUUAU